GACACAAACGAUGAAAAUGAGAUGUUAUUCGACAUUCCGCGACCGAACAGAAGGGCUGUGCUUCCAACUCAGCGGGUACCUGCCGAAUCUAGUUCUAAUAUGGCGUCAGCUCGUCGUUCCAUGCUUUUGGAUCGCGCUGGAAGUGGCACCGAUCUCACCAUUGUUAGCGAAGAUGUUUCUCACGUUCAAAAUUCGCGUCCAGCUCCGCGGGGUUUAGUGGCUCCGCAGAAAGUCUCUAUACCUUCAACCAAACGUGCGACCGUUGGUGCAAGCGCAGUGACCACCCCAGUGGAACGCGCACCUCCACCAAUAAGUAUGGUUCGAUCUGAAAUAGAAGACAUUAAUGAUACAAUUGUCGUUCCUGAUCAUAAGGCGAAGUCAUCGACAGUUGCUAAUAUAGAAAAAUUACAGAAGGAGCGUGAGGAAAGAAGGGCUCAGCAGGUAGUCAUAGUUUUUCUGGUCGAGAUGUAG